AUGUGGAGAACAGUUCAAGACCUUUGUUGCAGUGUUCUCUUGGGGGGUCCGGGCGCUUUAGCAAAUGGGGUUUUGCAUUGGCUAGUCACACAGGACAAUGGUCGUCCCACUGCGACGGUUUCAUUUGAUUUGGUAGAGGAGAAAUUCCAAGAGAUGGUGCCACUUCGAGGCCUAACUGGUGAUGCCAUUUACUGGCACUACGAAUUGGGAGUUUUAGGAGACUGGCUUUGUCUGUAUUCUGAUUAUGGUCUAAGCAGUGACUGUGAGGCAUGGAUAAUGAAGGAAUAUAGCAGCAAGGCAUCUUGGACUAGUUUCUUGAGGUUCAACGGUGAAUCAAAUUCUGGAGGACAAUUAGUGGUAGCAGCAUCUAACAGAUUGGAUCAAUGUUUUGAGGAGAUCCUUGGGGAAUCUAUGGCAGCUUGCUAUGGUUUGACUCUGGCCAUACACAUGGGACACACAAAUGUCAUCCUAGAAACAGAUGGCUUGCUAUUGAUGAAUGUUCUGAAGAUGGAUCCAACACCUGCUUCUGAACGUGGUGUACUUGUUGGGGAUAUAUGUCAUACUGGGAGAAGUUUCUCAAGUUUUUCUCCUAGGGAUAUAGUCAUUGAAAGAACUGAAAAGGAAAGCGUUCCAAACAAAAAACUUGUGAUUGUUUCAUUUGAUUUGGCAGAGGAGAAAUUCCUGGAGAUGGUGCCGGUGCUAGAUAUAACUAACCAUGCUUACUUGAGCACCGGUUUGAAAGUUUUAAGAGACUGUCUAUGCUUAUACACUACAUAUUAUGGAUCCAUUUAUGCAUCUUAUUUUCAAGUAUGUAAGGAAUAUUGUCCUCAGGCUUCCAGGACUCUUUUGAGCAGGUUCAGCAGUGAUGAAUUGGCUAACAGUUACUUUAAAGGAUACUGGCCAUUUUGGGAGCUACCUUCAGAAAGGAAAAUGCUCAUUUUGGCAACACAAACUUCAAUAGAAAACCACAUCACCGUAGGGAAUCCAUCUACUAGAGACUCCAAGGAAGUGCCAGCGCCUAAUUCUCUGCCAAACGGUAAUUUCUUUCCUGGAUUUGGUUAUCAUCACCACCUUGAUGUUUACAAAAUGUUAAGAGGUUCCAUCGUUACUUCUACUAACAAUGGUUCUAAUCAUCAAGCAGAAGUAGAGGUCUUGACCUUGAAAAUUAAUAUAUGGAAAACAAUUCAGGACCUGGAAUAUAGUGUUGUCUUUAAGGGUCCAGGAACUUGUGCAAAUGAUACUCUGCAUUGGCUAGCUGAAAGGGAAACUGUUCCAAAUAAGACACUAAUUAGCAUGUAA